AUGUUCAAAAUUUGUGGUUAUUGCAUGUCUAAUUUGCAGAAACUGAAAAAGUAUGCUCCUCCUAAAAAAAUAGAAGCAAAAACACUAAGACCCUAUCAGCAUCCAUCUAAUCCAUUGACUAAAAAAAUUGACAUUCUGUCCCCAACAAAACCUGAGCGAUUUCUAUUGGAAGAUUAUGAAACACCAGCCACUCUCUACACUAUCAAUGAAAAAGCUAUUAAAACAGCUGAUUUGGGCACAAAGGUCUCCAAUAAAAUAUUAUUGAAACCAUUAGCGCAAAAACCAUCUGUUGCCAUUGAAGAAUAGAAAUUCUUGGCUGUGUCCAUUAUCGGACCACCCAAUUCAGGGAAAUCAACAUUUUUGAACCAGAUGAUAGGCGAGCCAAUAAGUGCAGUAUCAAACAAGAGUAAUACCACAGUCUCAGAAAUCAGAGGAGUGCAUACAGAUGUCAAAAGUGGUGUUCAGAUAGAACUUGUGGAUACCCCAGGAGUGACCAAGCGUUACAAAUUCUCAAAGCAUUUCGUGACAAAGGCUUGGGAUGUUAUUGAAGACACCAAUAUGGUGAUCAUUUUAAUCGAUGCAAUCAAGACUUUAGACAUCAGUAUGAAGAAUGUCAUGUCAAGAUUAAACAAAAUUAGAGUAGAUUAAGAGCAAUUAAGAAGUUACUUUAGAAAUGAGGAUGAUUUCAAACAGUCAGAGGAAAAACCAAUUCCUAAAAUACUUGUUUUUAAUAAGAUGGAUUUAUGCUUUAAUAAGAAGAAAUUGAAGUGGUUGUAAACUGAGAUGGAAGAUCUAGGGAAGUAUGAUUAGACAUUUUAUAUAUCCUCUUAGACAGGGUAUGGAAUGGAGGAGUUGAAAUAAUAUCUGUAUUCUCAGAGUUUUUAAUGUAGAUGGAAAUAUAAUGAAAAUCAGAAACAUCUAUUUACUCCCAUGGACUAAUUGGAAUAAAUAGUCAGAUAAGCUAUAUUUAAAAGAUUCUAUAAUGAAAUCCCAUUUGUUAUCGGUAUAUAUGUGAAAGAGUUCAGAGUAACUAGCAAAGAGUCAGCUAAAAUUGAAGUCUAAAUCAAUGUUUAGACAUCAUCCUAAGCGAGGAUUGUCAUUGGAGAAGAUGGUAGGGCUAUUAAGUAGGUGAAGAAUGAGAUUGAGAUAGGUAUGGCAGAUAUCUAUAAGAGACUAUUCUAGGUGAAGUUACAGGUAACAAUUAAAUAGGGUGACAAACAAAUAGAGUUUGAUGCGGAGAAGGAGGAUAGAACUGAGCAUGCUUAAUUAGAUGAAACUUUGUGGAGAAAGGAGGAAAGAGAGAGGAGACAACUUUUAAAUGUUAAAUUCUCAAAAUUUUUAUAGGAUUGA